CUCGUUAGGUUGUUAUUAAAUGUGUUUGCGAGAUGCUAGAUCCUGCUCGUUUAUUUAAUAUGUACUGAAAUAAUACAUAACAACACAUGGUGGCAGCGGUAAAAGAAAACAAAUUAACGCAGUAAGUUUUGACUCUCCUUCGAUAUUCUGAAAUUACAUCAUGACAUCAGCUCCUGCAUAUCAUAUAACGCCGCCAGAAUCAUUUCCUUUUUCGAUUCCCUCGGAAUGGCCUAAAUGGAAGCAAAGAUUUCUACGUUUCCGAACUGCUUCUGGACUAAUAACAAAAACAGAAGAGGAACAAGUGGAUGCUCUCAUAUACGUCAUGGGUGAUAAAGCCGAGGACAUAUUUCUUUCGCUCAGUAUAUCGGAAGAGGAUAAAAAGAAAUUCCAGGAGGUUUUGAAUAGUUUCGACACUCACUUUGUUGUUAAACGAAACAUAAUAUUCGAACGAGCUCAGUUCAAUCGGCGAAUUCAAAAAGAAGGUGAGUCUGUCAAUGAUUUUAUUACUGCUUUAUAUGCUCUUGCUGACAAGUGUGAAUAUGGUAAUUUACAUGACGAAUUGCUUCGUGACCGUAUAGUUGUUGGUAUUAAAGAUCAAACUUUAAGCGAAAAAUUACAACUUGAUUCUGAACUUACCCUGCAAACUGCAAUUGACAAAGUACGUCUUUCGGAAUCAGUUAAGAAACAACAAUCACUACUAGUUGAAAAUUCUACAGUUAAUGCUAUUAGUCAAAAGAAGAAAUAUAAUAAAACAACUAAUGCAGACAAAAGUAAUUUUCAUGAUUCGAAAAGUAAAUAUCAAGAUUCGAAAACUAAUUAUCAGCGAAAAAAUUGCAAAUGGUGCGGUAAACAGCCACAUGAAAAAAGAAACUGCCCAGCAAAGGACUCAAAUUGCAGAAAAUGCAAGAAAAGAGGACAUUGGGAUAAUGUUUGUUUAUCUACUAUUAAAAGAGUCAAUGAACUUUGUGAUGCUGGUUUUGUAGGACUAGUGGGAAGUACACAAAACACAGAUGAGUGGGUUGUUCCUGUUAAAAUACUAGGAAAAUGCAUCCAAUUUAAAAUUGAUAGUGGUGCAGACUAUUCUGUUAUUCCAAGCAGUAUUGCCUCCACAGUACUCAAACAUGCAGAACUAAAAAGUGCAGAUAAAGUGAUUUUUGGCCCCGAUAAAACACCCUUGAAGUUAAUGGGAAAACUGCUUGAAAAUGUUGAAUAUAAUGGAAAAAAGUGCUUAGAAGAAAUUUAUGUUAUAGAAGGACUCCAAACAUGUUUAUUAGGAAAACCUGCCAUAAAAUUUUUUGGACUUGGUCCCAAUAUCCAAUCUCAGUCUGUGCUCAACAUUACAAGUUUUAAUCCUUUUCAUGAAUUUCCUUCGUUAUUUCAAGGACUUGGCUUACUGAAAGGAAGUUACCAUGUUGAACUUAAUAGUGAUGUUAAACCAUAUGCUCUAACUUCUCCACGUCGAAUUCCAAUACCACUUCUGGAGAAAACUAAACUAGAAAUACAGAGAAUGCAAGAAUUAAAUGUUAUUCAGAAGGUAGAAAAACCUACUGAUUGGUGUUCUCCUGCAGUGGUAGUACGAAAAAAAGAUGGAAGUGUGCGAAUAUGUGUCGACUUGACGACACUCAAUAGAAGCAUCAAAAGAGAAUGGCACCCAUUGCCAACAACAGAAUACAAUUUAUCACUUUUGGCUGGGGCGAAAAUCUUUUCGAAAUUAGAUGCAAACUCUGGGUUUUGGCAAAUUCCUCUUGAUGAAGAAUCUUCAUAUCUCACAACAUUCAUCACACCCUUUGGCAGAUUUCGUUUCUUACGUCUACCAUUCGGAAUAUCAUCUGCUCCAGAACAUUUUCAACGUAGAAUGUCACAAGCUUUAGAAGGUCUUCCUGGUAUUAUAUGUCACAUGGAUGAUAUACUCGUCUGGGGUUCAAAUCAAAAAGAGCAUGAUGAACGUCUAACAUCUACUUUAAUCCGUCUGAAAGAAACGGGAAUCACUCUUAAUAAACAAAAAUGCUGUUUCUCUGUUAAAUCUAUAAAAUAUCUUGGUCAUGUCAUUGAUGACUCAGGAAUACACCCAGAUCAGGACAAAGUAAAAGCCAUACAAAAUUUCAGAAGCCCAACAAACAAAACUGAACUGAAACAGCUACUUGGAAUGGCAAAUUAUUUAGCAAGAUUUAUUCCACGAUUUUCAGAUAUUAUGGCGCCUUUGAUUUCUAUGUUAUCCACAAAGAAUAAAUUUGUUUGGAACUCUCCUCAGGAAACCGCACUAAAAAAGUUAAAAGACAUUUUGUUAUCUGAACCUAUACUUACCAUCUAUGACCCAAACAAACAAUCAAUUGUUACAGCCGAUGCUUCUUCUUAUGGAUUAGGAGCCACACUGUGUCAGAAGCAUGAUUCUACAAUCAAGGUGGUAGCUUAUGCAUCCAGAACUCUAACUCCUACUGAACAACGUUAUGCUCAGAUAGAAAAAGAAGCCCUUGCACUUACAUGGGCAUGCGAAAAAUUUUCCAAUUAUCUAAUGGGUACCAAGUUUCUUUUGGAGACAGAUCAUAAACCUCUUGUCCCAAUACUUACUAGAAAAUCUUUGGAUGAUUUAACACCUCGCCUACAACGUCUCAAAAUGAGGCUCAUGAGAUAUUCUUUUGAUGUUUUCCACACUCCUGGGAAAAAUCUUUGCGUAGCAGAUGCACUAUCUAGAGCACCACAUCAACAAGAAACUCCAAAUCUGGAAUUGGAAGAGGAAGUUGAAGCUUUUAUCAAUCAAGUUUUAGAAUCUGUUCCGAUGUCUUCAGAGAGACUUUCCCAGAUAAAACUAGAACAAGAGACUGACUCAACAUGUAAUAUGUUGAUCAAUUACGCUUCUCAAGGUUGGCCGGAGAAAAACCAGAUAGUACCAUCCUGUUUACCCUUUUGGCCUCUAAGAUAUGAAAUCUCCAUACAGAAUGGCUUGUUAAUGAGAGGAAACCGAAUAAUCGUGCCAAAUAGGCUACGACAAGAAAUAUUGGGCAAAAUCCAUGAAGGGCAUAUGGGAAUUAAUAAAUGUCGAGCUUUAGCGAAUUCAGCAGUAUACUGGCCUGGCAUCAGUAAACAAAUAGAGGAAUUAGUUCGGGACUGUCCUUCAUGUAUACAGGAAGCUAAAAACUGUUCUGAACCUUUGAAACCAACUAGUUUUCCUCAGAGACCAUGGGAAAUUGUAGCUAUGGACUUAUUUAAACUCCAUGCAGAAUGGUAUUUAUUAGUUACAGAUUUUUACUCACGUUAUCCAGAAGUGGCAAAACUGGAUAGUUUAACAUCAAAAGAAGUAAUUUUACACUGCAAAUCAAUUUUUGCCAGACAUGGAAUUCCAAAUGUUGUAAGAUCAGAUAAUGGACCACAGUUUGAAGUUACUAGAACAGCAGAGUUUCAAAACUUUGCAAAAGUAUACGGUUUUAAGCACAUUACUUCAAGUCCAAGAUAUCCUCAAAGCAACGGUUUUGUUGAAGCAGCAGUGAAGAUAAUUAAAUUAAGAUUCAAAAAGUCUAAAGAUCCUUACUUGGCUUUAUUGAGUUAUCGGACAACACCUUUAAAGAACGGCUACAGUCCUGCUGAAUUGUUGAUGGGGCGUCGACUACAGUCAACCUUACCUUUAGCAAUUUCACUACUUCAACCAAAGCUAAUAGAGAAGGAGAUAUUGGAAGAAAAAGAAGAGAAAAGAAUAGAAAGACAGAAAAAGGAUUAUGAUCGGAGGCACAAUGCUCAUGAAUUGAAACCAAUACAUCCGGGUGACAAGGUAUGGAUAACUGAUAGGAAGGCUGUUGGAACUGUACAGAGAAAAGCUGAAUCACCAAGGUCAUACUUUGUUAAAGAAGGCAAACAAGUGCUUCGACGGAAUAGGAAACAUUUGAUUCCAGGAUCUAAACUACAGAUUCCACCGCUAAACGAUGAUUUAGAGGAAGCUCUUUCAGAAAGAGAUAACAAAAGGAGCUUACCAGAAAUAACGGAUCCAGAUCCUACAGUGUUAACUCAGAAGAAGGAUGUAUCUCCAAAAACUGUUGUGACUCGCUCUGGAAGAAUUGUGAAAGCUCCCAAUAGACUAAAUCUUUAA